AUGGGCGUUCCGAUGGCGCCAGACCCGCCAUCGCGGCAGCUACACGCGAAUGCUCACAUGCGACCGCAAUCGAGCUACGAGGGCUGUUCCAGCAUACGCGAUUAUGAGCUGCUGGGGAAGCUUGGCGAGGGCACGUUUGGAGAAGUGUACAAAGCAAAGGCACGACGAAGUGGGAAAAUGGUCGCCAUGAAGAAAAUCAUCAUGCACAAUGAAAAGGACGGCUUUCCGAUCACAGCACUGCGUGAGAUCAAGCUGCUGAAACUGUUGUCCCACCCCAACGUGUUAAAGCUAGAGGACAUGGCCGUCGAGCACCCUCACAAAGGCUCUGAUAAACGGAAACGACCGAUCAUGUACAUGGUCACGCCGUAUAUGGACCACGACCUUUCAGGACUGCUGGAAAACCCGUCGGUAAAGUUCUCGGAACCGCAGAUCAAGUGCUACUUGAUGCAGCUGCUCGAGGGCCUGCGGUAUCUUCAUGAGAACCACAUCCUGCACCGCGACAUGAAGGCUGCCAAUCUGCUUAUCAACAAUCGCGGUAUCCUCCAAAUUGCCGAUUUUGGUCUGGCCCGUCACUAUGAAGGAGACGUGCCCCUGCCCGGCCGCGGUGGUGGUGAGGGCCGGCGUGAAUACACCAGUCUGGUUGUCACUCGUUGGUAUCGUCCACCGGAGCUUCUGCUGCAGCUGAAGCGGUACACCUCUGCUAUUGAUGUCUGGGGCGUGGGAUGUGUGUUUGGAGAGAUGCUUGUGGGCAAACCGAUCCUAGCCGGCAUCAGCGACAGUCACCAGUUAGAGAUAAUAUGGGAUCUUUGCGGCUCGCCAACAGAAGACAGCAUGCCCGGGUGGAAGAUGCUACCUGGCGCACAAGGCUUGACACCUCGGCUGCGGCCAAGCAACAUUUCCAUGCGGUUUAGCAAAUACGGUCCUAGUGCGGUGUCAUUGUUGACACAGCUGCUGAAGCUGGACUGGCGGUCACGUAUCAACGCGAUGGAUGCGCUGCAGCACCCGUACUUCCGCACGGCGCCCUUCCCUGCAAGCCCGGGCGACAUCCCGAUGUUUGAGGAAUCGCACGAACUCGAUCGCCGGAAGUUUGACGACCGGAAAGCAGCCCUGCCCCCUGCUCCGAAAGGAGGAACGGUGGGCCGAGGGCAUAUGGAAGGUGCCAAUGGACCCAACUCUGGCUUUGACGGCGACGGCUACGGGAGAAACGGGGCGAAUGGCAACCACCGACAUGGCCAGCCAGGAUACGCGAACGAACGGGUUUCACGAGGUCCAGGUGGCGGGCCAAUGCCUCCAAAUGGCAAUGGUGGUGGAGAUGAAGGAGGUGUGCGACGGCCACCGUGGGCACGCGAUCGUCAGCCGCACGGAUUGCCGCCGAGGCCACCGCCACCGACAACCGGUGAUCCUCUUGUCAACGGACGAGACAACCUCAACUAUGGCGACGGAUAUCGUGACCGGGACCGUGACCGGGACCGCGAUCGAGACCGUGACCGCGAUCGAGACCGGAGCCGGAACGAGCGCUAUGGGCCACCACCACGAAGCCGAGGGGGGCGAGACAAUGACAUGGACACGUACAUACCGGUGGCACGAGGCUAUCCGCGAGGAGACGGUGUCGCGGCGCGUGAUGCCAACCGCGAUGUCGCUCGUGAUAGGCUACCACCGGCGCGAGAGGAGCGUCGACGACACGACGAUCGGGAUGAGCCGGCACGGCACACUGGACGAGACCGACAUGAUGGACCAGUGCGUCACAGCAGGAGCCGAUCGCCCUUGCGUGAACGCGACAGAGACAGAGAUGCUUAUCGGAGGUAG